AUGUCUGCUCCACUGGUGCCAACCAUAUCGCCCCCAGACGAGCCAACAUCCAAAGCGGAGUCUGGCCUAUCCAGCUUGGCCAACGUUAGGUCCGCACUACUCUCGGUGCCUGGUAGCAAUGGCAGCCCUAGACCUACGACGCCAGAUCACGUUUUGGCAAACACCACUGGAUACACGGACACAGUAUUUGAGGGCAAGAGGGAUCAAGCUGCUGCUGUGACAAAGCUAUUGAAGGACAAGGGCUUCAUCCCGCCAGACCUCGUCGAUGCUGAAGUGCAGUGGUUCUAUCAGUGAGUAAUAGACAGCGGGAAUGGCGCGGGGCAAAGAAUGAAGAGCAAAUUCGAGCAGGAAUUCUGGAUCUCUCGAGUGGCACAGAGGUGAUGCUGAUACGUCCCUCCGCUCUCCUCGUUGCGCAGAAACCUAGGCAUAGACGACACUUAUUUCGCUUUGGAGACGAUCGAGACGAUCUCAGAUCACGUCUUGGCUCUAUUUGGCGCCAAAAUCCAAGCUUACACCAAGCACAGCAAGGAUCUUGUGAUCGAUUUGGAGCACGCCACUGAGGGCGGAGCUGUUUUCAUUCAUUCCAGCAAGGCAGGCGAGAGCCAAGUUGGUGGCCCUCAGUGGGAGCGCAGGUGAGUCAAAAAGGGUCAGGUGGCUUGCGAAUCAGUACUGACGAUGCGUGUCACUGUUGUUCUGUGCCUGACCUCGCGAUCGCAGGAUCGAUGCAACUUAUUUAGACAAGUCGUCCGUCUCCAAGGCUUAUAGGCUCGAGACUUAUCGAAGUGCUGGGAGCGUUUCAGCUCAAUCCAAGCAGCAACUUCGCUGCUACUUUUUGGCUCGAUGCAACUUCGCACAGCCGGUGCCAAGCGCCAAUUCUGCAGAGUACAGCGACAUCACAAAGGUGGGGGACAAGACUUUCCUUACCAAAGCCAGUCCUAACACCCUAGAGAUCUAUCAGACGGUGAUGGAUGAGGUGCUAAGGCGUCAUGGGCCAGUCAUUGAAAUGUACGAGGUCGAGGGCUCUCGCGAGCGACGAGUCGUCAUUGGUUAUAGGAUGGGCACGACUACAAGCUACUUCAGCGCCUUGUCAGACCUCUACCACUUCUAUGGUCUCUUCAGUUCACGCAAGUAUGUCGAACAGUUCAGCAACGGGGUCACGAUCAUUACAAUCUAUUUGAACCCUCUGCCGGCAUCGAAGAGCCCGCCGAUCGAGCUGUCUAUCUACCAGGUCAUCAAGGAAGCAUCGUUGAUCUACGUGCUGCCAGACAACCCCUUCUUCGCCCCUGGAUCCGCCGACCACGCAGUCCAAGAAGCGGCGUAUGCCUACUGUGGCUGGCUCUUUGCUCAACAUUUCUGCAACAGGCUUGGUCAGGCUUACCAAGCGUUGCGCAAUGUUCUAGAUGAGGCCAAUCCGGCGCACGCCUCCAUCCUGAACGACAUCAAGCUUCGCUUCCGUGAAGAGACUUUCACACGCCAAUCUAUCCAAGAGGUGAUGCAGUCACAUCCGGAUCUCGUAAGGCUGCUCUACGUUCACUUUGCCAAUGUCCACUAUCCAGGUGGCGCAGAUGAUCACGAGCUGGUACCAACUCUCAGCUACCAGAGAUUAGUCAAAGAAGAGGUGCUCAACGAUGGGCAGAUGUACGAUCGUAUCCGAAAGGCAGCUGCUAACCAGCAUGAGCUGCAAGUACUCCAAGCUUUGCUGUUCUUCAACAAGGCCGUAUUGAAGACAAACUUUUACACGCCAACGAAGGUCGCUCUAUCUUUCCGUCUGGACCCUGGCUUCUUGCCGGAAGCAGAAUAUCCCAACAAGCCUUACGGAGUGAUUUUUGUCGUCGGCUCCGAGUUUCGUGGCUUCCACGUCCGCUUUGCUGACGUCGCUAGAGGCGGUAUCCGAAUCGUGCGAAGUCGCAAUCGCGAGAACUACAGCAUCAACCAGCGAACUUUGUUCGACGAGAACUAUGCCCUAGCGAGUACGCAGCAUCUGAAGAACAAGGACAUUCCGGAAGGCGGAAGCAAAGGUACCAUCUUGCCAACUCUCGAGGCAGACCCCAAGCUGGCGUUUGAGAAAUAUAUUGAUGCGCUGCUCGACAUACUGAUCAAGGGGCAGACGCCUGGUGUCAAGGAAGAAAUUGUGGAUCUGCUCGGGAAAGAAGAAAUCCUGUUCCUCGGUCCCGAUGAAGGCACUGCGACUUUCAUGGAUUGGGCUGCCGAGCACGCUCGCGACCGUGGUGCACCUUGGUGGAAGUCUUUCACCACCGGAAAGACAGCCGCAACGCUUGGUGGAGUGUAAGUUGAUGUGAGGAACGUCUUGUGACGAGUCUGUUCGCUAACUCGCCCCUCUUUCGACCGUCGCAGACCUCAUGACACUUAUGGCAUGACGAGUCUCUCUGUUCGGCAGUAUGAGCUUGGCAUCUUGCGAAAGCUCGGCUUGAAAGAGGAGACAGUGACCAAGGUACAGACUGGUGGUCCGGACGGAGAUCUCGGCAGCAAUGAAAUCCUGCUGUCGACUGCAUCCACAGUGACGAUCAUAGACGGCUCUGGCGUACUGCAUGAUCCCAAGGGUAUCGAUCGACGAGAGCUCAUUCGACUAGCGAAGGCGCGCCAAAUGAUCUCAAACUUUGACACCACCAGACUUUCUGCUCAAGGCUACCGCAUCCUGGUGGAGGAGAAUGACGUUCGUCUGCCAACAGGCGAGAUCAUCACCGAUGGAAUGUCGUUCCGCAAUUCGGCGCACCUGCGAUACAAGGCGGAUAUGUUGGUCCCUUGUGGAGGCAGGCCCGAGUCAAUUAACAUUUCCAACGUCGGUCGAUUGUUUGAUGCAGACGGAAAGCCCCUCUUCAAGUACAUUGUCGAGGGUGCAAACCUCUUCAUUACAAGGCAGGCGAGGCUUGAGCUCGAGCGCAAAGGCUGCAUCCUCUAUGCGGACGCUAGCGCCAACAAGGGUGGCGUUACAUCCUCCUCGCUUGAGGUCCUGGCCGGCUUGUCGCUUACAGACGAAGAGUAUACGCGCAGGAUGAUGUUCACCAACGGAGCCCCAUCUACCUUCUACAAGAGCUACGUGGCAGAUAUUCAGCACGUCAUCAUUGGCAACGCCGAAAAGGAAUUCGAAGCGAUCUGGCGCGAAGCUGAAAAGACGGGCAAACCUCGCUCGGUGCUGUCCUCUGAGCUUUCUCUUGCUAUCAACACUUUAUCCGACGAGUUGGCGGCUACGGACCUGUACGAUAAUUUGAACAUCAGAACGGCUGUGCUCACUCACGUCUUCCCUAGAACCUUGCUGGAGAAGGUGGGUUUGGAAGAGCUCACGCAUAGAGUACCUGAUCAGUAUCUCCGAGCAGCGUUUGCGGCGUUCUUGGCAGCCGACUUUGUCUACACUAGAGGUCCUUCAGCAAGUCAUGUCGCCUUUUACAAACACGUCGCCUCCCUAUCGUCGGGCAAGUCCGCGCACUAG